AUGGAUAUGGAACAACAGAAGCAGGAACUUGAUUUCUAUCAGGAAGUCAAGGGCCUUGAAAAGCAGCUCGAAUUCGUCUCUCUGCAAGAAGAGUACCUGAAGGACGAAAUGCGUCACCUGCAGCGAGAACUUUUACGGGCAAAGGAAGAGGUUCGCCGCAUUCAAUCGGUUCCUCUCGUGAUUGGACAAUUUAACGAAAUGAUCGACGCCAAGUACGGCAUUGUUUCCAGUACAGCUGGUUCCAAUUACUACGUCCGCAUCCUUAGUACCCUGGAUCGAGAGCUCUUGAAGCCUAACACGUCUAUUGCAUUACACCGUCACUCUCAUUCUGUGGUUGACAUUUUGCCGCCGGAGUCUGAUUCGACGGUUAAACUCAUGUCUGAGAAGCCUGACGUGACUUACAAAGAUAUUGGUGGGAUGGAUAUACAGAAACAGGAAGUUCGCGAAGCGAUCGAACUUCCUCUCCUCCAACAUCACCUAUACCAGCAAAUCGGAAUUGAUCCUCCCCGGGGUGUCCUUUUGUAUGGGCCUCCCGGUACAGGAAAAACCAUGAUGGCAAAGGCGGUGGCCAACGCUACCAAGGCGACCUUUAUUUCCAUGGUUGGGUCCGAGUUCGUGCAAAAAUACCUAGGUGAAGGUCCCCGUAUGGUGCGUGACGUCUUCCGUUUGGCGCGGGAAAAUUCCCCUUGUAUUGUCUUUAUUGAUGAGAUCGAUGCCAUUGCGACCAAGCGGUUUGAUGCUCAGACUGGGGCCGAUAGGGAAGUCCAGCGUAUUCUCCUAGAACUGUUAAACCAAAUGGACGGUUUCGAUCAAACGACCAACAUCAAGGUCAUUAUGGCAACCAAUCGUGCGGACACGCUAGAUCCUGCGUUGCUACGUCCGGGACGGUUGGACCGUAAGAUUGAGUUCCCCAAUCCCGAUCGACGACAAAAACGCAUGGUCUUUCAAGCCGCUACAACCAAAAUGAACUUAUCGGACGAGCUGGACUUGGAAGACUACGUGAACCGGAGCGAAAAGGUUUCGGCGGCCGACAUCUCGUCGAUAUGCGCCGAAGCUGGGUUGCAAGCCGUGCGUGAAAAUCGGUACGUCGUAUUGCCAAAGGACUUUGACGCGGCCUACAAGAAAGCUGUCAGCAAUCGUGAAAAGGAGCACAAUUUUUAUACUAUGUAA